UCGCUCGUCAACACCCAACGAUUUUGAGGGAGCACGUUUUUCUGGUCUUGAUUUUCAUAGCUUCCGCAGAAGAUGAGGAUUUGGAUGAUUAUUUUGGCACAUUCAGUGCUGAUGGCAUGCGCAUCCAGAAGCGUUUUUAGCUCAAAAGAAAAGAAAAAUAUUUCUAAAGUUAAACGACAUAUGAGGGGAAUCUUUGACUUCUUCGACCAAACAGACCAAAAAGAAUUCCUCCUGAUCCUUGGAGAUACCGAUGGUGAAAGUGGCGAGUUAAGCCUUUUCCUGACGGGCAAUCGCAAUAAUCAGACCGAAUUACCCACCAAAAGACGUGAUCUUCCGUUUUUUACCGUGGACAAUCAAACCGGCGUUUUAGUAAUCGACUUGCCGUACUUUGAUACUGCGUUUCACAACGUCUACAUCGAUCUUAUGAAGGCAUUCACGCACAAACUCAUUUUCGAGAAGGCGAAAGCACUGCGAAUCUUGCUUGUAAUGCCAGAUAAAGGUAAAAAAGAUAUUAUCAGAUUCUCGAAGCUAGCGGUGAAACUGGUAGCAAUUUUAGACGAAAAUUUCAUGGACAUCUCAAGCACAAUCACUAUCGUUGGUGCAAUUAAGCCGAAGACUUCUAAAGAAAAGGUUAUGACGAUGCUGAAGGAUGUGGUGGAAACUUUGCAGGACGACAUGGGAUUCAUGAAUGACACGCUAAGCGAAACCUACGGAAAUAAGUCAGAAGAUGCCGAUUGGAUCCAAAAGAAAUUGUGGUGGACGAAGGAGUUGAUGUACACCAUCGAUGAAGAGGAUUUGUAUUCAGGAUUCCGGAGGCCAGGCAAAAAUGGAGCUUUUUGGUCAGAGGAAAAUCGCAAAAAUCUGCGGAAGCUUUUCUUCAAGACGGGUGAUUAUGCCAGUGCGCAUGGUCGUUUUGAAAUUAUCGUGAACAGAAAAACAAAGGAUUACAUCUCUAAUAUCGAUACGUCGGUGUUUGUCAAACGUGGGUUGCUUAGAAGAUUUACGCAAUUGAUUGUCUCGGCUGUACUUGACAUUGAGUUUUCUAGCGAAAACGCUGCUCAUUUGGAUAUGUUGCGGUCGUCAGAGCAUAACAUUAACAAAAGAACGCAAAACCACCUUUUCUACGACGGGUACGUUUCAAAAUUUAAGAGCUUUGAUGAUAAAAAUCUUGAAGAUUACUGCUUAAAAGCAGAAUUGGGUGCGAAUGUCUGGAGCACAUUUAAAUUUGAACUCGAAACGCUGGAAUUCUUUGAAAAAAUGAUAGGUAAAUACAGCACCAUAAACGAUUAUGAUUUGAGAAAUUUACUCGUGAAUGAAGUUGAAAAACACCGGAAACUUGCUGUCAGAUUGUUUUAAUGUGAAUAAUUUUGUUGUUCCGUAAACUGGAAGAAAAUUCCUUUUAUAUUCAUAUAUUUUGGUUGUAAGCAGAUUUAGGAAUUUUGGGUUUGAUUUUUU